GCCGGAAGUAAAGAUGGCGGACGUGUCGGGCAGCGAAGUGUCAGAGGAGAAAGAAGCCGAAAUGGAGGCGAGGAGGAGGCCGAGGAGGCCGUGGGAGGACGCGCACAGGUCGGGCAAAGCGGGCCUGACCCCCGGGCUGCCGGAGACUCUGGGGGUUUACGACAUUAGCGCUGUCAGGAGGGAGCAACGCGACAUGUCUGCAGAUCCGUCGUUGACACGUUUCAUCAGCACAGAGCUCACCAGAGGAUACUUCCUGGAGCACAAUGAGGCAAAGUACACGGAGCGCAGAGAGAGAGUUUACACAUGCAUGCGUAUUCCCAAGGAACUGGAGAAGUUGAUGACCUUUGGCUUCUUCCUGUGUGUCGACGCCUUCCUGUAUGUGUUCACGCUGCUGCCCAUCAGGGUGCUGCUCGCCCUGCUUCGCCUCCUCACCCUGCCAUGCUGCGGCUUCAGGGCACGUACAUGCCCCUACUGCAGAAGAAGCAGUGGGUCACGGCUGCUGCAGCCAGCGCAGGUGUGCGACGUGCUGAAGGGCCUGAUCAUGGUGCUGUGCUUCUCCAUGAUGCACUACGUGGACUACUCCAUGAUGUACCACCUGAUCCGAGGACAGUCGGUCAUCAAACUCUACAUCAUCUACAACAUGUUGGAGGUGGCAGAUCGACUCUUCUCCUCUUUCGGCCAAGAUAUCCUGGACGCUCUCUACUGGACGGCCACGGAACCCAAAGAACGGAAAAGAGACAGUAUAGGAGUCAUCCCUCACUUCCUCAUGGCCGUCUUCUACGUCUUCCUCCAUUCCAUCCUCAUCAUGGUCCAAGCCUCCACCCUCAACGUCGCCUUCAACUCCCACAACAAGUCCCUGCUCACCAUCAUGAUGUCAAACAACUUCGUGGAGAUCAAAGGAAGCGUGUUCAAAAAAUUUGAAAAGAACAACUUAUUCCAAAUGUCCAACAGUGAUAUCAAAGAGCGGUUCACCAGCUACGUUCUCCUGCUCAUCGUCUGUCUCAGGAACAUGGAGCAGUUCUCAUGGAACCCAGAGCACCUGUGGGUGUUGUUCCCCGACGUCUUCAUGGUCGUCACCUCUGAAGUCGCUGUCGACAUUAUUAAACACGCUUUCAUCACAAAGUUCAACGACAUCACUGCAGACGUGUACAGUGAAUACAGAGCCAGUCUGGCCUUCGAGCUCGUCAGCAGUCGACAGAAAAAUGCUUGUACUGACUACAGUGACUCAGUGGCUCGGAGGAUGGGAUUCAUCCCUCUGCCUUUGGCUGUUCUGCUUAUCCGAGUGGUGAUGACUUCAGUCAAGGUGCAGGGAGCCCUGUCAUAUACGUGUGUUUUCCUCUUUUAUCUUGGGUUGGUUACACUUAAAGUGUUGAACAGUAUCGUGCUCCUGGGGAAGUCGUGUGUUUACGUCAAGAGAGCCAACAUGGAGGACAAACUGUUUGAGAAGCCCUCCACCCCCACUGCCUCUUCCUCUGCAAAGACCCCCAGUAAAGCUGAGCCGGCCAGAUGUCCCACACCUUCAGGUGAAUCUAAGGUGGAUGAGGUCCCUGCCACACCCUGCAGUCCACCAUCCUCUUCCUCCACCUCCUCCUCUUCCUCUGUGACCACUCAGCCGGCUCCCAGGACUGACUUGUUUCCUCCCCCGCCCACUGACUCCUCUCCUGCUGCACCAGCAAGUCGUCCUCCAUCUCCAUCUCCACCACCUGAACCAGAACAACCCGCAGCCUCACUCUCCAAAGAAGAACAGGAGGAGGAUGAGGAGGAGGCACAAGCAGCCGCUGAGCUGAAGCACAGGACUCCCAAAAAUGACCUGCUGGAGGUCGACCGGUUCACAAUUGUCGGUAACCGCAUCGACUGAGCAGCAGCAGCAGCCGCGGAUGUAGUGAUGAACCACUCAGGAAGGACAGACAGCGGAGGCCUCUCAGCCCGGCUCUUCUGGCCAACAGCAGCAACAAGCUGAGUAUUUAUUCAAGUCAGUGGCGACACAGUGCGUUAUGUGAACAGAGACACAGCCUGAGACCAUCCCGCUGUGCUGGAAGCCUGAAGUCGAGAAGAAUGACGAGGAAAACUUGAGCAGGAUUUUAACAGCAGGAGAGAGAGAGAGGGAGGGAGGCGUCAGGAUGAACUGGUGUGUGUGUGUGUGUGUGUGGGUGUUAGGAUGGUUCAGUGUUGAGAGUGUGUGAUCCAGCGUAUGUGUGAGCACACAAGCACUUCCAGUGUGAGCAGCACUGGGACCAGGAAGAGAGACGUUUUCUCAGUUUGCUCAGCAGCUUGAAAAGAACCCAGAAUAACUUCUAAACUAAAACCUGGCGCCAUUUAUAUCUGCAUCAAGUGUUCCCUCUUCCCUCUAGUUAAAACAAAUGUCAGGGUAUUUUAGUCUGAAUGUUAGUUGUAGGUCUCUCAUUCAAUCAGUGUACAAGACAAACUUAUUAUUCUUUAAGGAGCCGCACCAUCAGAUUUACUGAGGUUAUAUUCACACUGUUCAAUAAAGAGGAACUAGAGGUGGUCAAAGUCGAGUUUCCUCCAAACUGAGGGUCAGGUCCCUGUAGUGAUGAAAGAUACAUUUAAGUGGUCUUGAGAUGAUUAACGAGACAUGAAAGCGGAAUAAAAAAUAUAUUUUGCUGCACAUAUAAUACAGUUUAAUUAGAUCCCUCUACUAUUUCUAUACAUUUUACCUUUUAGGCAAGAGGAAAAGAGAAAGAAUGAUCUUUUAGAAUUGGUCUCAACUGUUUCACACACAGCUGGUGAUCUGAGGUCGCUCAGAGUUCAGAACAAACUAGUAAACACUGCAAUUAACCGUCACACACUGUUGAUAUUAGAGUCUCUGCUUCUCUGCUCGCUUCAUCUGCCGCUGUGUUCAAACGAAAGUGAAAGUUUAUACCUCGCUGGGGCUUGUUUGGGUUUUUAAAGAGCAGCUUAAAGUGGAGCAGCCACGUUCCGUCAUUAGCAGCCGACACAGAAACCUUUUAUUCAAAGGCCCAGUCAGCGCAGGGCAUUACCCGAAGCCGCAGCUCUAAUGUUGAAAGGCUCCGACACUAAAUCUGUUGCUUCUCCAGCCACUUACACCCAGAAAAAGAGCUUUUGCUGAAGAUAAUCUCAGUUUCCUUCCUGCUAAGGUUACGUUUGUCAUCACUUUGCCCCGAGGGACUCAUUCUUUUACAUCUCACAUCCUUCAAGGUUUAACGAGGGUGAUUGUCGUUGGAUAGAAAUUGUAUUUACUUCUUCGUUACUUUCGGUCUGGAGAAUGUUUGCACUGAUGGACCACGUUGUCUUAAAUGGGACGGGUCCAGUUUCUCAUCGGCCUCUCAAGUGAUGUUCUAAUGUUUACAUCCUCAGAAAAAAAAAAAGAAGCAAUAUUUCCACAACAAAAUGCCUUGUUUGAAUGCAUGCUUCUUUUUCUGUUGACUGAUCUUGUGAAUUUUUUAAUUUAAACUGAUUUUAACUUUUUCUUUAAUUGCAAUGAAAAACCUAUAAAGGCAAUAUAUGUAUUAAUAUAUAUAUAUUAUCGUAUUUGCUAUCAUUUGUUACACAUGUUUGUGAUUUAAGCGUGAACAAGAUAUUAUCUAUUAUUCCAAACAUAUAAUAUCAAAGUGCAUAAGUUUCCUGCAGCCAGACCCAAAGUUUCAGCUGCAGAAUCUCAUCUCAAUAAGUUGAAAUCCAUCAAUCAAUCAAUAAGGGAAAGUUCUGUAGUACUUCCUGGUUCCUGCCGUCGGUACUUUGCAUCAACAGCUUUGUGCAUCAAGCUUUUUCUUUUAGCUGAAUCAUAAAGACAAAUACAUUCGAGUGCUGACAGUGAUUUCAACAGUCUGAAAAUAAAAGUGGGUAAAUUGAAUAAUAUUUAGAAUGAUUCAAUUUCGUCUUUUUGGUCCCCUCAAUUCAUUAUGGAAUUCAAAAGGUACUUAUCAAACAUGAAGGUUUUAUUUUAAUGUUUUGCUUUGAAAAGAAUGAAGAUGUAUAUGAUAUAGAAUAUAGAUGUAUAUAAAGUUUACACAUAUCAGCCUUGAUUUAAUUCUGUUUUGAAGAGAGAGAUUGUAAUAUAAGAUACUUCUAUUUUUGGAGCUGCCAGUUGUUGUUCUUUUUCUUUUCUGUGCAUGAACUCUGACUCAGAACUUCAUGUGUUUGUUGUCAAAAGUCUUGUCUCCUCUGGUCUGAGCUCGGCCUCGUGGUGAUUGGUCUGAAGCCGACCCCCAGCAGAGCUCAGGGCCAGGAUGGAGACGAGGCUGAAGUGUUCUUAUGAAAGCUGCGAUGGUCCAAUACACUGCCUGCUCUGUUCAUCAGUUUGGUUCCUUAUUUAAUUGUAUGUAAAUUCUCUUUUUUUUUUUGGUUAAUAAAAAGUUGUUUUUUAA